AUGGAUGAAGAGAAGUUUCAGGAUAACUUUCGGACUUACGCAGGAAGAAAUACUGUUCAGAGGCCCUUAUUCGUCAUCUACAUCUUGCUGGCUGUCUCGUACUUGCUGAUUGUCAUUGGUUUUGCCGUGACCCUCUCCAAAGCCACAACAUUGUCGUCGCAGUUGAUCGAGACCCAGGGCAAGUUGAAGAAGUACCCCACCAGCCACGAUUUCCGCUUGUUCCCCUGCGGCCCUGACACCAGACAGUGGGAGUACUUCAACGGGAAGUGUUACUACUUCUCCUUACAAGCCGUUCCCUGGCAACAGGCCAAGACCAAGUGUGAAGAGCAACAUGCCAAGCUGGUCAUCAUCGAUGGCUUCCCCAAGCAGAAUUUCAUACAGACACGAACUAGGAAUGAGCGCUUUUGGAUUGGACUUCAUGAGCCGCAGACAGAAGAAUGGACAUGGUUGGAUGGCAGCGACUACAGAACAGGUUUCAAGUACUGGAAGCAGGGAGAACCCAACAAUUACCUGCGGCGGGAUGAGGACUGUGCCCAAGUCUGGAUCAAUGGGGAAUGGAACGAUUACAUCUGCAGCUCCCCUUCUUAUUACAUCUGCGAGAAGCCCUUGCCGAGCACCCCUCCGGCAUCAUCCAAAGGAAAGUGA